GUGCGCGCGCAUUACAAACUAGAGUUUGAGUCACAUCAGUGACGGACGGCUGAAAGCAAUCAAAACUCUCCCAGUGUUUGUCCUCGACUAUCCUUGAAGUUUUUGAAGGUUUAUUUGGUUGGAUAACAAAGGGAGCGUUGUUUAAUUUGGGUUUAAAACCUCGCCUCAACUCUCCUGACGCAUUUUUGGCGUCGCGAUGUCACAUUUAUUUUCAUACACUUGCUGGAGCGGGUAAAUUGUGGUCAUAUACCAAUAUUUUCCUGAGAAACGACACAUUAUCAACACCUCGUUACAAAAGGUGCUGAAAACUAUGGACCACCUCAUCUCCAAAUCCCACCUUUUUCAUCUCCCGUUAUUCAUCGCCGCUUGCCUCUUGCCUGGAUCACUGGCGCAGAUCCCCAGAGGAUGUGGCACAAAUGUGAGCUCCCUGUAUUACAACCUCUGUGACCUAGACGCAGUCUGGGGUGUUGUAUUGGAGUCAUUCGCCUCCGCUGGCGUAGUGGUCGCCCUGAUACUCAUAAUCGUGUUGCUGGCGAGCCUUCCCUUCGUCAAAGACAAGAAGUGGCGCAGUGCACUGGGGCUUCAUGUGAUUUUCCUGAUCUUCACAUUUGGACUGUUCGGCCUCACGUUUGCCUUUAUCAUUGGUAAGGACUUCGCAACGUGUGCGACUCGACGCUUCUUGUUUGGCGUGUUGUUUGCCGGCUGCUUCUCAUGCCUCAUCAUGCAAGCCGUGAGGUUGAACAUACUUGCCAGACGAAACUCGGCACCCAGAUUUUGGGUUUGGUUCUUGGGGUUUCUGGGGCUUUGGCUGGUGGAAGUUAUCAUCAAUACUGAAUGGCUCAUCAUUACGAUUGUACGAUACCCUAUUAAUGGAAACCAGACUGCUGCCACCCCUGUUCCCUGUAACAUUGACAACCAGGAUUUCGUCAUGGCUCUCAUAUAUGUGCUGGUUCUACUAUUGGUGGUUGUGGUAGCAUCCAUACCGAUAUUGGCAGGUAAGCAUAAGCGUUGGCGCAAGGAUGGAGCCCUCAUACUGGUCAUAGGACUGCUCUCGGUGGGCAUCUGGGUGGCGUGGAUUGUCAUGUAUGUGUAUGGGAACAAAAAGCACGGUGGGCCAACAUGGGACGACCCCACAUUGGCAAUAGCACUGGUGUCAAACGCAUGGGUGUUUCUGCUGCUACACACCAUCCCAGGGGCAUGUAGCAUGAACGAUGAUGAUGAGGAGGAAGAUACGGCCAUUGAUGAAGAUCUGUACCCUAGCAGAGGGUACGAGACUGUCCUGAAGGAACAAAGUUCACAGAGCAUAUAUGUGGAGAAUAAAGCCUUUACUAUGGAUGAGCCUAACACAGGUAAUAAGCCCGUCUCCCCGUACAAUGGCUAUAAUGGCACACCACUUCGGAGUGGUGUGUACCAGCCGACAGAGUUGGCCUUCAUCACCAAAGGAGCAGUAAACGGAGAAUCAUAUGACAGAAUUCCAAGAGCGUCUAUGGGAACUUCGUUGCAAGAUCCGAACGGUCACACCAACCCCUCAACACAAACGUAUUCAAAUGGAAAUUUUCAACAAAGACACCAGUGAUUGGUUUAAGCCAGCUUUUGUUUUUCCUUUCUGGUGUUUCUAAUUACGAUUUACUGAUUUCUUUCCAUCGCUGUGCUCUGCUGCACGGGUCAGCUGGCGUGGACUUCGGAGUAGCUGGGAAACAUUCGGUUGUUUUGCUCCGUUGACAGACAUCAUGUUCGGAUCGCCUCACGAUGAUUCGAAUGAAAGUGUGUGGCUUCUUUGUUCUUGGGAUACUGUGCAGAUCCCAAUGAUUGUUUCGACGACUGCAAUGCUACUGACUCUGUCAAAUAUGUGAAAAAGCACAGACCAACUAAGGACUUCAAAAUAAACUGUCUCUGAUUUGCUGUCAAUCAUCCUAUAUAAGGACAAAUGCUGCUUCUACCUAACUCUGAAGUUAGGUGUAGUAUCACUAUACUUCUGCAUAAGCCUUCAUUUGAAUGUAUAAGAUAUAAAAAUGCUAUUUGGUGAAGCAUUUAUGUAAAAAAGAUGAUUUCAUUGCUUUCCCAACUUUGUAUUUAUUGUCAGUGUAAAACAUUAUAUUGAUUCUAUCAAAUAUUUCAACUUUGUAAACUGAAAAAAUUUCAACUUGAUCUUUAUGAACUCAUCUUGUUCAAUGUUCAUAGUAUCAAAAUAAAAUGCACAAAAUAGUCUUCUGUGGAAAAUAUUAUUUUGGGAUGCUGAAAUCAAAGAGGCUGAGAGUAUUUGUGCAUUUGACCCGGU